GAACUGCCAAAUCCGCCCCCCCCACCUAUCAACUGUGCCUGUCAAUGUUUCUCGGCUUGGUAGUCUCCGAUGAACAGCUAUUGGAAACUGUCGUGUAUUGUAGCACAAUUGAGAUGUGACUUUUAAAUGAAGAAGCGUGUCAAUAUAAUUUACCAAACUGGCUGGACCCGAGUCUCAGACCCUUCAUUGAGGAUGUAUGGAUUUAUUAACACAUGUUUGAAGUCUUUGAUUAUAGAAAAAUUCGGAGAAGAAACAUGGGAGAAACUGAGAAUCGCUGCUGAAGCCCCAGACACUUUUAUGACAUUUAAAGUAUAUGCGGAUGAUAAUACAAUGCGACUGGUGGAAGAAGCAUGCAAGUUGUUAGAUGUGGAGCCAGCUAUGGUGUUACAACAAUUUGGAGAGUAUUUUUUUGAGUUUUGCAAGAGAUCUGGAUAUGAUCACAUGCUUCGUACUCUGGGAGGUAACCUGAUGGAGUUCAUUGAGAACCUUGAUGCAUUACACAGUUACCUGUCAUUAUCCUAUCAGGAGAUGAAUGCACCAUCCUUCAGGGUGGAAAAAAACGAAGACAAUUCUAUGCUACUGCACUAUUAUUCUGACAGGAGAGGACUGUGUCACAUUGUCCCUGGCAUACUUGGUGCAGUGGCCCUGGAUUUUUUUAACAGUGAAAUCACGAUGGAUAUUGUGAGUCAGAUGGAAGAGGAAGAACGAACGGGUAAAAAGGAACAUGUUGUUUUCCUGGUAACUCAGAAACCAGCAUAUUCACAUAAACGACGCAGCAGGUUAUCUGCGAAGCCACAGUAUCUGUCUGAUACACGCAAGCAAAGUGAAAAACAGUUAAAUAAACUGGACUUGGAAAGAGCAAUGGCCAAGAUGAAAAGCAAAGUGUCUGGAUCCCCUGUCAGGAAAAACCACUGGGAAACAGUCCGUGGGAUUGUCAAAUUGGGAAAAGGCAAAUUAUUAAGAGGCUUUGAACCAGUCUAUCCUGAGAGAUUGUGGGUUGAUGUAAAAACAUUUUGCAAUUCUUUUCCUUUUCACGUUGUCUUCAAUGAAGAGCUUAGGGUAAAACAAGCAGGGAUAAAUAUACAGAAACUGGUCCCAGGACUUCAAACAAUGGACAUCCGACUUGAUGAAUACUUCAACAUUGUUCACCCGGAAGUAACAUUCAAAAUAUCAAGUGUGCGGAAAUUUAUUAAUAGCUUAUUUGUGUUAAGAACAAAACGGGAAAUGAUGCCAGAAUCAUGGAAGCAUCGUCCAAUGUUGGAACUAAGAGGUCAAAUGGUGUGGAUGGAAUAUUUGCAAUGCAUGGUGUAUCUGUGCUCUCCUCUGCUGCGUAGCUUACAUGAGCUUGAAGAGAGGCACAUGCACAUUUCUGAUAUUGCCUCUCAUGAUGUGACCAGGGACCUUAUUCUUCUGAAUCAGCAGAGACUAGCUGAGAUGGAAUUAUCCAAUCAGCUUGAAAGAAAGAAAGAAGAACUAAGAAUUCUGUCCAAGCAUUUAGAGGAAGAAAAGAAGAAAACAGAAGCAUUGCUCUAUGCAAUGUUACCAAAGCACGUAGCGAACCAGCUCAAAGAAGGCAAAAAAGUUGAGGCAGGUGAAUUUAAGGAGUGUACCAUACUGUUCAGUGAUGUUGUGACAUUUACAAAUAUCUGUGCGCAGUGUGAACCUAUUCAAAUAGUGGUUAUGCUCAACACCAUGUACUUGAAGUUUGACAGAUUAACCACAGUCCAUGAUGUUUAUAAGGUGGAGACAAUAGGAGAUGCCUACAUGGUGGUUGGAGGAGUCCCUGUACCUGUUUCUUCACAUGCUGAGCGAGUAGCAAAUUUUAGCUUGGGAAUGAUCAUAGCAGCUAAAGGUGUAACAAAUCCUGUGACAGGAACACCUAUCCAGAUAAGAGUUGGGGUAACCACAGGCCCAGUUCUGGCUGGAGUAGUUGGUGAAAAGAUGCCUCGAUAUUGCCUUUUUGGAGAUACAGUCAACACAGCUUCAAGAAUGGAAAGCCACGGUGUACCAAACAAGAUCCAUCUCAGUCCUAGUGCUUUCCGAGCACUUAAGGAUAAAAACUUUGAAAUACAUGAAAGGGGUGAAAUUGAAGUUAAAGGAAAAGGGAAGAUGUGCACUUACUUCCUCAUCAGAAAUCUGGUUGCAUCAGAAAGUGAAAUCAUGGGCAGACCAUUAAGGGAGUCUGAUUCUGGCCGAGAAUCUCUGCAGUCCCUACCUGAUUCAAAGGCAGAAUAUGUCAACCAAAAAGAUCGUGGGUGCAAUAUAUAUCAGGAUCGACGACCUACUGUUGCAAUGAAGUACACUGAUACGUCCAGAAUUGUCACAGAGAACAUUUAUACAGAAAUAAAGGAUACAGCAGGAAAAACACGUGGUUCGGAAAGUUAUGGGAGUCUGCACAGUGUCCAUAGCCCUCAGAAAUCAGAGGAUGACCCCCAGCAGCUUCCAAAGCAUCAUGAUGAGCAAGAAAUGGGGAAACCUAGUCGGAAAAACACCAAAUCCAAUUUAUGUAUUUUACUAUAAAUGUUCAAAAUAAAAACAAAAAAAGUUUCAGCUUUCAUAAUGCCAAGCGUUGUUGUGCUAAAUGAACAUCACAAUUGCCCCAGAUGUCAUUGCUUCAACAAUGCCUUAAAUUUGCAUUGAAAGCAGACUAGAAAUGGGGGAGCAUGUACACAGUCUUGAUUGCAGAUUUAUUAACUUAUUGUAUAAUAAAAUGUGUGUUGCCUCUAAAAGUUCAACAAAUGUUCUGACAAUGAAAUCUAUUUACUGUACAGUACAUUUAUUCCAACAGACUAUUCCUGUCAUAUAUGACACUUUCAGAGGCCAUAAUGAUUUAAUACUAUUACAGAUAGGAAUUGAUGUCCUUUGAAGGAAAUAUACAAAGUAAACAUUCAUUUUUAUAUUUUAUUUAGUAUACAUCAAUUUUUAACUUGGCUUCAUUAUCUUAAUUCAAAAAUGCCAUGUUAAUUCACCUUAGAGCAAAUUUGGGAACCAUCAGCCCACUGUGAUUUAAUCGGCUCUUUAAAACACUAUACAAUUAUUCCCAAUCCCCUGCUCUUUUCCUAGAUCUUCCCAAAUGUUUCCUUCUCAAGUAUUUAUCCAGUUCCCUUUUAAACAUUCCAAUGAACCUGCUUCCACUACCCUUUUAGGCAGUACAUUCCAGAUCAUAAAUGCCUGAGCUUUUAAAAACAAAACUUUCUUUCCCUUAUCCAUUCCAUUUUCAAAUACCUGAGUUAUCAAAAACUCUUAGUCUUGAAUAAAUACAUUCAGGCAUUUGGGUUUCAGAAGGAAAGAAACAAAUUAAGACUAAAUUAGUAUGCCAGUGAUGUUUCCAUAAUGCAUGAAUUCACCAGUCAACAUUAUUUUUCUACAAGGAUUGUGGUAGCUAUACAUUCCCUUCUCUUUUAUUAUCCUUGUAGAAAAAUAAUAUUGACUGGUGUGUAUUUUGGAUGCACAUCUCAUUGUGCUAUAACUUCUAUUUCACUGGGAGUUAUAGGCCCACACACCCUUGCAUAUGCCAGUUUCACAAUGAAGUAAAAAUUCAAGUAAGCAGAUAAAAAUGUAUUAAAUGAUUUGUUAUACGCACAUGCUUGUGCACGAACUUACAGUUGUUGUAGGCCUGGAAAAUAUAUCAUCCCAAGGGGUAGAUUCAGAUUUUGAUAUCAAGACUGAAGUGAUGGCACUUGCUAAUGACCUUAAAGAAAUGGCCCAGAAAGAUUUACUGAUCCCUGUGUUAGAUUUUAUACUUACAAACGUUAAUUUCAUGGGAAAAUCACCACUCAUAUUUUCUCCUCCAACUAAUACAUUAUAGUGACUUGGAAAUAUAUUACAAUUACUUCACUGUCAUUGGGUCAAAAUUCUGGAACUCCGUUCAUCAUAGCAAUCUGUCUGUACUAUAGCACCCCAUGUACUAUAGCAGUUCAUACUGAUGGCUCACCAUCAUUUUCUCAAGAGCAUUUAGGGGUGGGCAAUCAAUGUUGACCCUGCUAGAGAUACUGACAUUACUACAAUUAACAAAAGAAAUCUGGCGGGAACUGUAGGCGAUGCCUGGUGCCCAGCAACUGUGAGGUCAUCCAUCAAAUAAUUACCCCAAUUACCAAAUAAAAAAGCAAAAUCACAGAAUUACAGAAUUAUACUACACAGAAGGAAGCUAUUCAGCCCACAUUGUCUUCACUGACUCUGCAAUGAACAUUAUGACUUGGCACUAUUCUCCUGCCUUUUCACAUUGUUUCUAUUCAAAUAAUCUUUCAGUGGCCUCUUGUAUUGAAUUUGCUUCCAGCACAUUUCCAAGCAGUGCAUUCCAGACCCAAACCAUCUAUUGUGUGAAACAAAAUCCUAUGUAGGCAAAUCUGUGCUCUUUCAUUCUCAAUCCUUUUAUGAAUAGGAACAAUUUCUCCAGACCCCUCACGUUAUUGAAAAUGUUUAUCCAAUUUCCUCCUAGUCUUCUCACCAAGGAGAACAGUCCUAAACUCUAUAAUCUAUCCUCUUAACUAAAGUUUCACAUCCGUGCAACUAUAACCACUAACUAUUCUAUCCUGUAUAAUUGUUUUUUUUGGAAUCUUCCCCACUACUGAUAUUAAAUAGACUCAUCUGUAUUGCUGGGGUUAUCCUUACAAACUUCCUUAAACAGGGUUGUCAUGCCUGCAAUUCUCCAGUUCUCUGACAAAUCCCCUCAAUCUGGGGAAAACAGAAAGAUUAUGGGCAGUGUCCCUGCAAUCUUCACUCUCAUUUCCUUCAAUAGCCUUGCAUAUGCUUUAUCCAGUCCCAAUGCUUUGCCAAAUUUAAGUAUGGAUAGUCUGUUCAAAUAUUCAUAUUCACUCACCAAAGCCUGGUUAUCAUCUACUUCCUUCAGAAACACAGGUGCCUCCAUAUGUAAUUUCCUUUCUUUGCCACUACUGCUCCUUUUACAAAGCUCUUUCUGCUGAUAUGCUUAUCAAGGACUUUGGG